AUGAGGACAUUAAAGUGGGAGCCGAUGUUUGAUCCGGAAGAAGAAACAUCCACGGCGAUUGCGUGGAUCUCUUUCCCAGCUCUUCCACCGAAUUUCUUUGUUAAAGAGGUAGUGUUUUCCUUGGCUGCAUCCGUGGGGAAACCAUUACAAGUGGACUUAGCGACUAGAAAUCAAACUCGACCAAGUUGUGCAAGAGUCAAAGUAGAAGUGAAUCUUCUGAGAGAUUUUCCAAAAAGAAUCAAUGUGGGACUAAGAAGACAGUCAGGAGAAAUCAGCGAGAAGUGGAUUAAGAUUAAAUAUGACUACAUGCCAAAAUACUGCAAGAACUGCAAAAUUCAGGGGCACAAUAAACAUGAAUGUUAUGUCAUCCAUCCUGAAUUGUAUCCUAAAGACAAGAUGGAGGAUGAUGAGAAUGAAAAACGAGGGGUGCAGAAAGAAAUGGAACUGGCAAAUCCAAGGACAGAAGAGCACAAAGAAAAUAAGGAAACAGAGGAAUUCAAGGACUAG